AUGAGAUUGUACGAUUUUUCUGAAAUUUGCAGAAAAGUUGGGUUUUAUGCCAGUUUCAGUACUAACUUUGUAUUAAUCUGGAUUACUGUCUUUCACGCGAAAAAGCUUUUUGGAGCUUAUAAGAAAAUGAUCAUAUAUAUCUCAGUUUUGAGCACAAGUUUCUCGGGACUAGAAAUGAUCAUGAAACCGUUUACUCAUAACUAUAACGGUGCGCUGUUGUCCUUCAACUUAUGCGAACUAAAUAUUCCACUCAAAAUUCGGCAGAUUUUCAUAUUAAUUUGGUCCCAAUUCUACCUAAUUGUAAUUUCAUUCAUAUCUGUGCAGUUUGUGUACAGAUAUCUGUGCGUAUUCAAUGAACAGAAAACCAAAUAUUUUGACGGUCUUAAAACUAUCAUCUGGAUUUUAUAUCCCUUGGUAGUAGGAACAAUUUUCGCAUUGUCCCUACACUAUUUGUGUGGUUCUGAUGAGUUCACAGAUUCUUAUAUAAGAAAAGCCAUUUUUGAAAACUACGCACUGGAAGUAUCCGAACUGCCACGAUAUGCAAUGGUACCAUAUGCAGCUGAUGGCUCAAUUCGAGCGAAGGGUAUAAUUUUCUUACUCUUCGCAAUUGUUCUCAUCAGUUUUUCAUAUUGCAUUAUUAUAUUUACAUGUGUUCAAAUGCAUCGAAAUAUGAAAAAAGAGCUGAAGAAAUUCUCAACUCAAAAUCAAAAACUUGAAUAUCAAUUUUUCCUUGCUCUCGUUAUGCAAACUAUUGGACCAACUAUUUUCUUAAUAAUACCAACUGGGCCGAUAUUGAUGACCCCAUUGAUUGCACCAAUUUUCGAACUUGAAGUCAAUUGGCAAACUGGUAACUUGUACUCACUUGUUGGAUUCUACCCAUCAUUUGAUAGUAUCGCUUUUAUGAUGAUUGUUUCGGAAUACAAAAUUUUUUUGAAAAAAGUUAUAUGUUGCCGGAUGAAGAAUAACACAGCAGUGCCCAGUUCAGCAGUUGCGGUUUCAACUGUAUAG